AUGGCAGCUCUCCCAACUUCGGCGGCCUGCCCGCAAACCGCGGCUCGAGCACUAUGCGGAUGCCGCGUUUCUUCAAGAGGUACGGGCCAACCAAUGGUGCCCGGAGGACGCCCGGCUAACUCGAUGCCUUGCAGGAUGUUGAAGUUUCCGCAAAUGGACUUUGAGAUGGCCAUCUGGGAAAUGACGUCGCUCAUGAUCGCGCCGAAGAAGGUCUUCAAGUCGAUAUACUACCAUGUACGUCUUACUCUACCUAUACUCUUGGGAUCUCCUGCUAACGAAAACUACAAUAGAAACAAUACAUGGCACCGACCCGACCCGUCCUUCGCUUACCUCCUCUCCUUCUUCCUCCUUCUCACAGCCCUCGCCUGGGGCCUCGCAUACGCCCCCUCUUUCGGAUCUACUAUGCGCCUUUUCUUCUUUUUUGUCGUCGUUCACUUUAUAGGGUCUUCGCUUCUUGUCUCAACAAUAGGCUACUUUGUCAUUGGCCGCCUCUUUGGGCCCAACGGCGCCGCGGCAUCAAUAACAGGCCUGCGCAUUCGCGGACGACGGCGCGGCGCGGCGCAAGGUCUCUUCACACAGCCCGGUGAGAAAGAUCAGUUGGAAUUUGGGUACUGUUUCGAUGUCUCUAAUCGCGCCUUUUUCCCCCUCUACCUUCACCUCUAUGUCGUGCAAUUCCUCGUCCUCCCAUUUCUCACCCACAGUCCGAGCAACUUUCUCGCUGCCUUCCUUGGCAACACGCUUUAUCUCUCCGCAGUCACAUACUAUACUUACAUCUCCUUUCUCGGAUACAACGCCCUCCCAUUCCUGCACAACACAGAACUACUUUUGCUUCCAAUCUUGGUAUUCGCAAUCUUGUGGCUUGUUAGUCUUAUUGCGGGGUGGGGUGUCGUGAUGCAGGGCCGCAGCGUGGAGUGGUUGUUCUGGGGCGUUUAA